GAGGCCAGUCGUUUUGUGGCAGAAGGAAGUACUGAAAAUGCCGGCACAUCUCAAAGCCUUGCGGUGCUUUGACUGCAUGGAUGUCAAGUGUCUGGUGACCUUUGUUACUUCUAUCUCAUUCCUUUGUUGCGUGUGAAGUACAGGUGGGAUGUUACUGGGAAGAGGCAGAGAGAAUCAUUUUAAUACUUAACAGUGCUAGGUUUCAUUUUAAUCCUCUGUGUGUGUGUGUGUGUGUGUGUGUGUGUGUGAGAGAGAGAGAGAGACUGCAAGUGGACACGGCUCUUGCUGAGGCAAUGAGUUGACAGUCUGCAGGGCUGACUUUGCUGCACGUUUCCGGUCAGGGGGUGCUUGUAAACACCUUUGUGUCACAGGGGGUGUCUGGGGAAACUGAGUUGGUUUCCUGCGAGCUCACGCUGAGUCAGGCUACCGUGUCCUGAUGCUGCCAAACUGGCUGGUUGCCUCUCACGCCUCGCAUGAAGCCAGCCUGCCGCGACCGGACCGUCCUGAUGGGCUUAUUGCAGGCCAACGAGGCUCUGCACCACCAGCACCAGGUGGCUCAAAACAGCCUUCUCCCUCUUCUCAACUCCGGUGCCGACCCGCCGGACCAGAAGCCCGUGCUGCCCAUCCCCCUGGACCAGAAGCCUCCAGUCAGCAUCGCCGAACUGCUGAAGGACAACGUGGCCAGCGGGACUGGGGGCGGGGCUCACGUGGGUCCUGUCGCAGUGGUGAAGAAGGAACCCAAGAGCAAGACGCCGUUCAUCUGCGGAUACUGUAACAAGGCCUUCCGAGAUAGCUACCACCUUCGGCGUCAUGAGUCCUGCCACACGGGCGUCAAGAUGGUGUCACGGCCCAAGAAGGUGCAGACCGCGCCCACCAUGGUGCCCCUGGUGUCCACAGUGUCCCGCGAGGGCGCUGCCAAUUCUUCCUACAUCUCCACAAUCGCCGGCAUCCUCACCACGGCCACCACCUCCUCUUCGUCCGCCUCGGCCGGCCCCGGCAUCAUGUCCGCCGCCGCCCUGUCUGGCGUGCCGCAGCAGAGUGCCCCGAAGAAGCCGCCGAAGCCGGUGAAGAAGAACCACGGUUGCGACAUGUGCGGCAAGGCCUUCCGUGACGUCUACCACCUGAACCGCCACAAGCUGUCGCACUCCGACGAGAAGCCCUUCGAGUGCCCCAUCUGCCAGCAGCGCUUCAAGCGGAAGGACCGCAUGACGUACCACGUGCGCUCGCACGACGGCGACGUCAACAAGCCGUACGUCUGCUCCGUGUGUGGGAAGGGCUUCUCCAGGCCGGAUCAUCUCAGCUGUCAUGUGAAGCACGUUCAUUCUACAGAAAGACCCUUCAGAUGCCAAGUAACGGCCUGCACGGCUGCGUUCGCAACCAAAGACCGCCUGCGCUCUCACAUGAUCCGGCACGAGGGCAAGGUCACAUGCAACGUCUGCGGCAAGAUGCUGAGCGCCGCCUACAUCACCAGCCACCUGAAGACGCACGGCCAGACCGGCUUCAACGUCUCCUGUAACAAAGAAGCUGUCGGCAGCUGGCAGAUAAAUUUGGGCUGCUCCAAAGGCCUAGGAGACUGGAAAUGGAGCUCAUCAGGGCCAGCAAAAGAUUCGAACGAUGUGUGCAACUCUUCAGCGGCCACGCCUGUCACAGACUCGGCGGCCAUCAGCACGGCGAUGAACCGCGGCAAUGCCAGCAACCCCGUCACCAUCGCGGCGCAGAUGAACAUCGCCACCAACACUGUCAACAUCACGUCGCCAAUGAACCUGCAGCACCCGGUGACCAUCACGGCUCCGGUCAACAUCGCCUCGGUCAACAUCCCCGCCACCACGCCCAUGAACAUCGCCCACCCGGUAGCCAUCACCACGCCAAUGCCCAUGAACAUCACCACCCCCCUCAACAUCGCCAUGAGAUCCAUGGAGAGCAUGCCUUUUCUGUCCCAAGUCUUGCCUUCUUCCCCUCCCUGGUAAACCCCCACUUCCCCAAGUCAUCCACACCCACUCCCCUAACUCUCUUACCUAAGAAAACACUCCUUCCCUGCUCUACCCCCCCCCCACCCCCCCCCAACAGGGCUUCCCAUUUCAGCCCAUAUAGUAAAGUUUUACUCUGCUGGAAGUAACUUAGGAAUCUGCAUUUUUCUGGCCUGGCUGCGUGAACAAGAGUUUCAGUGUGAGCAGUAGGAGAUCCAGUUAGGAGUUAUGGUAGACAUCAGCAGCCCCCCCCCCUUUCUCUCUCAUCCCACCCUCUUAAUUCUCAUAGACACACCUGACCCCCCCCUGAGUUCCCUCUGUGAAGUAAUGAAAUUACACUGUUAAUGAGCAGUGUGUUAUGACACAGAUGGGGGCAGGUGGGUUUUGCAUGUAAGGCUGUGCUCUUGAGUACGGAAGAGCCUUGCGUCGCUGGGGUGGGAGUUGGUAGAAAAGAUGAGCAGCAACAGUGUGUUGCAGGUGUUAAUGUUUCAAAGUUCUCUUACAGAGUGGUGGGUUUUAGUGUUUUUGUUUUUUGUUUUAUAGCCUGCUAAACAGUAUUUAAUAGUUUUACAUAUUUUAAGAAAUAUAGCAAAAGGGACAAAGGCUUCCGCUGGGAAGGGAAAAUGUUUAAAAUAUCAUGCAUGGGGGGAAAAACUGUAUUGAGGAAGAGAGGCGUGUCAGUCUCAGACUGUGCAUUUGGAGCGGAUGAUGUUCAUCCUCAGCGUCAACCAGCUCAACCUUGUUUGCUUUUCAGAAUAAUUCUCCAUGGUCCCUUUUGACUAGUGGUGCCCAACCCUGGUACUGAAAUGCUGGAAUCCAGCAGGUUUUGGAAUAUGCUUUAAAUUAGCGCCUCGCUGACUCCUGAAGUGCCAGCUAAGUUGGUUUAUUUCCCAGUAAUAACUUCAAUGAAGCAAUUAAGAGCUGAGGUGGAGUGAAAAGCAGCACACACGCUCCCCAGGGCUUUUGAGGGCCAGGUUUGGGCACUUCUGCUAUUAGAUUACUUUUUUUUUGCAAGGUUUUUUUUUUCCCUUGUUUUGGGAUAGCUGGGAAUGUGCUUCUUACGUGGAAAUCGGUGGUUGCCAGCCAUUUUAUGGGAAAUUGAAAGUUGUGUCUUGCACUAAACGCAUAUCCCAUGUGUAAUGUUCCGAAAACAUCAGUAUUAUCAAAGAUCAGAUUUUAAGUGUUAGGUAAUGAACCUUUUUUAUGUAGAUUUGGGGCCAUCUAGUGGUCAGCAGAUGCCAUGCCGAGAAAGGUCCUGAAAAUGUUCAAGUUUUAUGAUUAUCAUGUUGGUUAGUUUUUGUAGGGUUUUUAAAUAUACCCUUGAUCUUAUUACUCUUAAAGUUGAAGAACCUUAGUAAGAAUCCUCCACUCAAGAAUUCUGAGUGACCCAGCAGUCUGGUUUAUGUAAACUAUUAGUUUUUGUUUUACAUGCAUCCUAGAUUUUUAAUGUUACUUUGUAAAUAUUAAUGCACCGUAUUGUACUGGAUUUUAACUCGAACAUAAACUCCCUUCAGAGAUCAGGGAUCCACAAAUCGAUUUUUCUUUGUGGCCAUCCAUUGAGGAAAUAUGGUGAAAAAAGGACUACUUUUCGAGUUGCUUAUUUCACAUUCAUAACUCAAACUGCCAUCUUCAGGGUUCAGAUGUACUCUUGCAGACCGGAACAUGUGAUAAGAAGGCUGAACGGGUGCCCUGACGGUUGCUUAGGGUUUUGUUGAGGUCGUGUGUGCGCCUUCCCAGAAUCCUUUAGUGUCACCCCGGACAUUUGAUCUUGUCUUUACUGUGGACUUAAAAAAGCACUUGUAGGCCAAUGAGCGUGCAGUGCGCAGGCCGAAAAUGCCUCUUGUCUAAAGUAAGGCAGCAUAUAUAGUCAGUAUGUCAUGUCUGUGAAGCCUGGCCUGCCGCCGUUUGUCAUGGUUACAGAUAGUCAUUUGUGACCUACUGUAGUAUUCCGUGCCAAGGUACGAGGCAUGCGGCAUUCACCACCUGGGAUGAAAGACCAAAUGCGCUGGACACCUAUAAUUUGCUCCCUAGCAUUAUGGGAACAUCAAAUCCAUGUUGGUUAAACAUUCAAAAAAAAAAAACAGUAAUGAAAUGACAAGGGAGAUUAACAUUGUGGAAAGAGAACACUAAAUCAGCCCAGCAUUAGUUGGGAAGGUGAAGUUAAUGUGUGCAGUUGGUCGUCAUUCACAGUGAAAAGAUUUAUGUGCCUGAAUUACUUCCAAACAUUUGCCACGCCGAGUAAAUGCUGUGCGGUUAUUGCUGACGGACAUAAAGUGGAUUAUUAGUUUUGUGGAAGUGACCUUCACCCGCUCUGUCAAGUGCGAGACUUUAUUUUAGCAAACCGAAGCUUUUUGUGAGUAUGGAGAAUGAUCCACAUUGCCAUAAUGAAUAUGAAUUUCUAAGGCAUUGUCUAGUUUUGUCAAGGAAAGAUGCGAAACCAUUGAGUGAUGUUUGUCAUUUAAGAAAAAAAUAACGGCUGGACUGAUUUGUUUUAUGCGCCGUUGGUUUCCUUUUUAAGUGCUUUUUAUUUGAGUUGAACUAAAAGCUGUGGUUUAUAAUGUUUAACUGGGAAUGGGGAAGAAUUGAUGGAUUUGCUCUUUUACAUAUUACCAGUAUGGAUGGAUUGGCAGGUUUAAAAACCCUGUGUAGGCUAAUGAAUGUAUAUCUUUGUAUAAAACCAUUUUAGUUUUGAGGACGUGGUAGUCAUGAUAGAUAUGUGCAAGACGAAAAAAAGUAAAAUAACCUUUUAUAAAUCUUUUGUAUUAGAACAUUAACAAUGGUAAUUUUUGUAUAUAUGAAGACUAGACUUUCUGAGUAGCAGAAAGGUAAAACAUUCCUACAUUUUUUUUAAAUGUAUGUCUGUCCAGAAUAAUUAUGUAAACACAUGCGCAAUGUUUUAUGUGCCUUUUAUUUGGGUUGUCUGAAUAAAAGAGAACUAUAAAACAUGA